GCCCAACUUCUCACUUUCGCAAGAUGUUAGUCACUCACACAUCUAUUUGAUAUAAAGAGUGUCUCCCGAACCAUCCAUUGCCAUAGUAAAAGAUAUCUGCACAUAUCUGUAUCUCUGCUAUAUUUGGGUUGUGACUCAAAACUGUGUGAGUUCUUUUCCAUUUUUAUUGUAUCAAUUUAGAUAGUUCGAGUAACUCCCAGCAAUUAGACGUGCUCCGAAAUUGAAAGUGAUCAACAUGUCCUUCGAUAUGCUCUCUUUAAGCUUGCUGCUGUUCAACAUCAUUAGUUUGCUGUCAGCUGCCAGGGUCACAACGCGAAUCAUUCAGCCGCGCGAGACGAGCAGCUGUGAGGGCCGCCAGACACUGGGACCUAUUUGUGAAUCCUGCGAACUGCUGGCCACCUGUGUGCAGCACUCCAAUGGCUGGGUUAACAUACCCGUCGAAUCAUGUGAUGUGGCCAACGGUUACUAUUGCAAUCUUCGGCUGGGCGCCUGCUCUAAUGCGACUGGGCCCUGUCAUCCAAUUGGUAUUGUUGGCAACUUUCAGUGCACCUCGCAGGGCAUCUUUCCAGAUCCAUACGAUUGCCAGAAGUAUCACAUGUGUUAUUUUGUGGGCGCAACUUUGGUCGCAGCUGCCGUCGACUGUGGCAAUGACAAGGCAUUCGAUGCCCGGACCGGUCAAUGCUCGAUGACGUUGCAGAGCAGCGUGUGCACUCAGCCGCAGUAUUAUUGUCCCAAGGUCGGCUUUGUGGCCGCCUGGCCGAGUAAUCCCAACAUCUUCUACGUGUGCAAGUCAACGGUGAAUCAGAAUCUGAACGAUACCGUUGUCAUUUAUCCUUCACUGCAUCGCUGCAAUGAUGGUGAAAUCUUUUCGAACUUCGUUUGCAGUCCGGGCAACGGCGGCAUGCUGCCGCCUCCUGUGGAUCCUGUGGAUCCUGUGGAUCCGAAUGACAAUGGUUUCACCGUGAUGCCCAUCCAAUGCGAGCAUGUGGGUCUCAUCGCCGAUAUGGAUGACUGUCGCAAGUAUUAUUAUUGCUCCGCCUUGAAUGGCCAGAUGCGUCAUCUGGAGUGUCCUGCGGGCACCCACUAUCGACCGGAGCAAUCCGCCUGCGUGCUGGGCACAUGCUAAACGCAUUCUAAACAGUAUCUUAAGUGAAUUGUCAAUCUUUCUAUACAUAUAUUAAUGAACUACCCAAUUGAGUCUUUAUCUUUUAA